AUGGUGACACAAGUACAAAUAUACAAAGAUUUUCAGUUCCCGACAUCAUGCACAAAACUGAGGCUUAACACUGACAAGACGCAUAUUAUUGCCACCGGCACAUACCAGCCGCGAUAUAAAGUUUACAUCGUUGAGGACAAUACGGAGUUUCUCGAGCGGCGCAUGGAUACGGACAUCGUUGAUUUUUGUUUUCUUACGCGCUCGCCGAAGAAACUGGCGUUUUUACGGAACGAUAAAACAAUCGAAUUUCACAUGAACUACAAUGUGCACUACAAGCUGCGGAUACCGCAUUUUGGAAGAUGCUUAAACCGUUUUUCUGACAGUCUGUACUUCUGUACGGAUAGAGAAUUGCAUCGAUUAGAUUUGAUGCGUGGUGUGGUGUCCUGCGUUUAUAAUUCAACUCAUGAGUUGAAUUCAUUCUGUAUUUCUAAAGCACACGGCUUGUCAGCUCUUUUUUCCGAUGGACAACUUGCGUUUGUCGAUACGAGACAGAACGCGCCGGUGAAACAUGUUGCUUUUGAUGAAAACGUUGUAAGCGGUGAUUUUGAUGCCAAUUUAAUGAUUUCGAUAGCGACAAACGAAAAUUUCUACAUGUUUGACCUACGUAAUAUGAAGCCAGUUGUGAAAUCAUCGGUAACAGGAGCAAAGAAAGUGAUUCAUCAUGGAAGACACUGUUUCUUGGCGCAUUUGGAUGGUAUAGAUAUUUAUGAUACCGUAUCUAAGGUGGAUACUCUGUCAUCCAAGGAUAUUAGCACGUUUGAUCUGAAAGAUAAUAUAAUAUUCGUUGGAUAUCACUCUUCUGAGAUUAAAACAUAUUAUACGGGGACAGGAAUCAUUCCCAAAUGGUGUUCAUACGCGGAGAAAUACAUCACAGACUAAUAAUCAUGGCAGUGCAAAGACUUCACAGUUGCUUUGGCUGAUAUCCAGGAUUGUAUGAAGUACUUUAUAUAAAGUGGUGUGUGUUCUAUAUCGGUGCGAUAACCUUGAGAAUUUGCUGAAUAUGAUUAAGGCCAUCCAUACUUGAAAGCCGAUAUUAAUAUUCUUGCCACAACAUCAAAGCAUUUGUGGUAAGAACGGCAACGCUCAUCACGUAAACGAUGAGAAUUGCUAACAAUGCAAUCACAGCGUAGUUAAAUUUUAUGUUGCUCAAUUUUAAGGAACCAAUCAUUGUACUCGGGUAAAAUUUAAAAAAGGUCCUCUUGCGCAUGAAAUACAACGUGGCAAUGUGUUGUUUUGCAGCAACUUGUUAACUUGUUCUGUUAUUAAUCACUUCGUUUCUCAUGGUCUAUCGAUCGCAGGUAUAAGAACCCUUUUCACGUACCGCUUCAAUUAUACUUCCUGAA